CUUCCGGUGUCGUCAUCAGUGUGAACAUGGCUGCUCCCCAUGCUGUGGUCGCUGUGGAUGGAGGCAGCAGCGAAACUGAGCUGAUUCUGACAGAUUCAAGCACCGGAGACGUGAAGAGACCUCAGUUCGGGACUCGUUUCCUCACAGACCCGAGGCAGGUCUUCCAGCACAACGCAUGGGACAAUGUGGAGUGGACUGAGGAACAAGAAGCAUCUGCUAAGAAGAAAGUCCUAGAAAACAAUCAGCCGCUUCCUCAAGAGAAACAAGAGGAAUACGACAACCAGGCAAAUGAGUUUUGGAACAGUUUUUACACAGUCCAUGAGAAUCGUUUCUUCAAAGACCGUCACUGGCUCUUCACAGAGUUCCCAGAGUUGGCCCCACAGUGUAGCCUCAACCCUGAGUCCCGUCUCGAGGUCUCUGGCACAGAUGACGGUCAGCAGGAGAGUCUGGAUCAAGAACAAAGGAGGGAAGAUGCAGCUUUGUCUCAGGCUGAUGGUGACGUCCCCGGCUCCUCUGCCACAUAUCGCAUCCUGGAGGUCGGCUGCGGUGUAGGCAAUACCGUCUUUCCAAUACUGAAGACCAACAAUGACCCGGGACUCUUUGUUUACUGCUGUGACUUCUCCAGCACUGCUGUGGAGCUCGUCAAGACUAAUCCAGAGUACGACCCUGAGCGCUGCUUUGCCUUUGUUCAUGACUUGAGUGAUGUGGAAGCCAAUUACCCCGUCCGCGAUGGAACCCUUGAUGUUAUAGUGCUAAUCUUUGUGUUAUCGGCGUUGCAUCCCAACAAGAUGCAGGAAUCCAUCAGUAGAUUAGCACGGCUGCUGAAGCCCGGGGGAGUGAUGCUGCUCAGAGACUACGGACGCUACGACAUGGCCCAGCUUCGCUUCAAGAAAGGAAGGUGUCUGUCAGAAAACUUUUAUGUCCGAGGUGAUGGAACAAGAGUGUAUUUCUUCACGCAAGAUGAGCUCCAUGAGAUGUUCAGUGAGGCUGGGCUUGAGAAAGUGCAGAACCUUGUGGACAGAAGGCUGCAAGUGAACAGAGGCAAACAGCUCACCAUGUACAGGGUGUGGAUCCAGUGCAAGUACCGCAAGGCUCCGGCUCCGGCUCAGCCACCGGAGACGCAAGGCUGAGACAGAGGGGAGAACCCGCCUGGCCUGAACUUCAACUGAACCACUACGAACUCAAAUCAAGGCAGCCUUUUUCUGAGGAUGUAUGGAAUUGAGAAGCUCUAUUGUGACUGGGAUAAAGGGGAUGCAACUGGAUAGUUAAAUGCUGUAAAGGCCUUACAGCUGCCAUAACAUUGAUGGACUUGUUUCAUGGCUUCCUGAUGGUGCUGCAAUUCUACCUACAAGCGUGACGAUUUCUCAAUUUUGGCAAAGGACUGGUUACCCCUGUUUAAGUGUUUCUAUUCUGCCAGAUGCUGUUUUUAAUGAGCUGAUGUUUUGAAAUAAAUGGUAUGGUUUUUAAAAUAACUUCAUGACCUUUUUGUACAUGCAAAAAUCAAUUAAAAAAAAAUCCAAACUGUAAA